AUGGAAGCAAUACUUCUGCCACUAUUGUUCGCUGCGAUCAGCACUGUUGCCGCCAGAAAUUUGGAAAACGUCGACCCCAACACAUUGUCAUGUGACCCUAAGGGACAAAUACCCCUGCAUCUUCCACAUUUUACGGAUUGUAAUAAGUUUUAUAUGUGUACAAAUGGUAGAGAAGUCGAAUUCACAUGCCCUGGAAAAACGAUUUUUGAUUUCCCUUUACAGGUAUGUAACUGGCCUACUGCCACUAACUGCUACCUCCGUGAAAGGGAUAUCGAAGGCUCCGGGGCCGAGGAAUUCGAAAUGAUUGAAAUGGACAAAACUUUCCAAAGCCCCAUCAACAGCAUCUCAGUUCACGACGCAGUUAACAGUGUGAGGCCGCUACCUAGCGAUAAACCAGCUAAGCCCUCUGAGUUCAACACACACUUGAACUGCCAGAGACCAGAUUCCGCUGCUAAGCGUACCGCAUACAAAGGUGACUGCCAACGCUACUGGCGCUGCGAGGACGGUCUGCCACAGACCAAAUACUGUAACGAUGGUCUGUUCUUCAACGAAGCUACCCAGCAAUGCGACUUUGAAGCGAAUGUCAAGUGCUUAGACCAAAUCGAAGACGAACUUAAAACCGAAUUCAUUGUAUACAAGUAGAAAUUGUAAAAAAUAAAAUUAGUUUUAAGAGCAUA